AUGGAGAGGGGAAAAGUGAAAAAGAAAGAGAAGGGAAAGGAACCAGAAAGAGAGAAAAUUCGGGGAAGAGGAAAGGAGGAAAAAGACAAAAGGAAGGAGGUGGAGAAGGGGAAUGAGAAAGGGAAGGAGGUGGAGAAGGGGAAUGAGAAAGGGAAGGAAGAGGAAAAGGAGAGAGAGAAGGAACAAUUUAAGGGAAAAGAAGAGAAAGAGAAGAACAACAGCGCCUUAGCAAAGCCCCUGCUGGAACUGCCGGAGAAAAAUAAUCAUAUCCUAGUGCUGGGCCUGGAUGGAGCAGGAAAGACCAGUGUUCUCCACUCCCUAGCUUUAAACAGAGUCCAGCACAGCGAGGCACCCACCCAAGGUUUCAAUGAAGUGUGUAUCAGCACUGAAGACAGCCAGAUGGACUUCCUGGAGAUUGGUGGCAGCGAGCCUUUCCGGUCCUAUUGGGAAACGUACAUGUCCAGGGGGAUACUGCUGAUCUUUGUGGUGGAUUCAGCAGAUCACAACAGAUUACCUGAAGCCAAGAAAUACCUUCAUCAACUAAUUGAAACAAACCCAUUCAUCCCUCUGGUUGUGUUUGCAAACAAACAGGAUCUCAAAACAGCCUAUCACAUUACUGACAUCCAUGAAGCUUUGGCAUUAUCUGAAGUGGGAAAUGACAGGAAGAUGUUCUUGUUUGGGACUCAAGUGACUGAGAAUGGCUCAGAGAUACCCUCCACCAUGCAGGAUGCGAAAGACCUGAUUGCACACCUGGCAGCAGGUAUGCAGUGA